AUGCUCCGCCUUGCAAGAAUCUGUACUGCAAGGCCGCGUUCAGGCCGUGCCGUAUUUGCGCUCCUCGCCUGUCCGCCACCCUGUAUUGCCUCUCACAGCUUGGACCACAAGUAUCAUGAUGCUAUCAAGUGCACCGGUGACAAAGAUACCGGAUUCUCGAACCGGAAAUCGCAUGUCGUUACUCGUGGCGCUUGCUUCUCCACCGCUACCGAAACGGUUCUCGUCCAAGCCCGGGACUCGUCUCUGCUAGCAUCGGAGAUAGAAACUGGGACCGACCAGCAGAGGUUCGAUGAUGCGUGGAGGGCCUACGAGAAGCACCUUCACAUGGACGGGCUCCCGAGAAAGUCUGUUCUGAGCAAGCUCAUCACUGGCUUCGCGGCGACCUGUGACACUCACAGGCUUAACCAGUCAUACAAUGUGGUUGAUCGCGCAUUUCAAGAGAGGCAUGAACUGCUGGAGAAGGAGGCCCUGAUUUACCUGUCCCUUAUUCUUGCACGGUGCACUCUUCCUUAUCUUGCUGUAAAUGUUGUGAGGAAGCUGGUGAAGAUUGAAGCAUACCCACCCGUUGCAGCAUGGUCUGCAAUUAUAGCACACAUGUGUCAGACUGCAACCGGCUCAUUUCUUGCUGCCGACAUGGUAAUGGAGAUCGGAUACCUUUUCCAGAACAAUAGAGUUGAUCCGCGGAAGAAGAGCAACCGUCCACUGCUAGCAAUGAAGCCCAAUUCAUUUACCUUCAGCAUUGUUCUGACUGCAUCCCUCCUGUUUGGUACUACUAAAAAGGCGGAGCAGCUUCUCGAAUUAAUGCCCAGGAUAGGGGUGAAACCUGAAGCCAGCUUGUUGGUUGUCAUGGCUCGCAUAUAUGAAAAGAAUGGACACAAAGAUGAGAUUCAGAAGUUGAAGAGGCAUGUAGAUGAGGCCUGUGGUCUCAGUGAAUCAGAGUUCAGGCAGUACUAUGAUUGCCUGCUCUCCUGCCAUUUGAAAUUCGGGGAUUUGGAUUCUGCUGUGGAUAUGGUACUGGAUAUGCUUAAAAAGGGUAACAACGCAAAGCGGUCACUAGAAGCAGCUAAAGCAGUUCUUGAAGCAGUCGAAUCUAACAAAUUGUAUCUUCCUUAUGAGAAAACGGGCCCCGAAAAUUCAGGUUCCCCAGAUAAACCUCUGUCUACUGAUCGCCAAAUGCAAAAUUACUCUUCAUUCUUCAAAGAUAAGAGCUUUGCAAGGUUUGAAUUAGAGGCGAGAGAAUUACACAAGCUAUUAUCAGAUAAGCUGCAGGAACAGGUUGGACUGGUAAAAUCUGAACAUGGUGUCCUCCAUCCAACUGAAACAAUGUAUGCCAAACUAGUCAAAGCUUUCUUGGAAGCAGAUAAGAUCAGUGCAUUGGCAUCGUUUCUUGUGAAGGCAAGCAAAGAGGAUUCACCUGUGUCUGUUGAGAGCUCCUUUGUUGUACAAGUGAUAAAUGCAUGCAUUUCUCUUGGGUUAUUAGAGCAAGCACAUGACCUUCUUGACGAGAUGAGAUUUUCUGGAGUUAGAGUUGGUUCUUCCAUUUAUUCGUCACUCCUAAAAGCUUACUGCAAAGAGGAGAAUCAUGAAGAUGAUAUAACUGCACUUUUGAAGGAUGCUCAACAGGCAGGAAUCCAGCUUGAUUCAAGCUGCUACGAAGAUUUGAUACAAUCCAGGGCACAUCACAAUAACACCACAGGCGCUCUCCAUCUUUUUAAAGAGAUGAAGAGCUCAAACAUUCAAAAAUCUGUUAACAGGGAGUUUGAGAUGCUAGUACAAAGCUGUGAUAGCAAUGAAGCUGCUUUGACGGCUAAGCUAGUGGAAGAAGUCAAAAGUGGCCAUACAGUUAAUCAUGCCCUUCAUGACUGGAACAAUGUUAUACAUUUUUUCUGUAAGAAGAGAUUAAUGCACGAUGCUCACAAAGCACUGAGCAAGAUGCGUGUUUUAGGCCACACGCCAAAUGCACAAACUUUCCAUUGUUUAGUAACUGCUUAUGCUGCUGUUGGUGGCAAGUAUGUGGAGGUGACAGAUUUGUGGGGCGAAAUGAAAGUUCUGGCCAACUCCAACUCGAUGAAAUUUGAUCAGGAACUGUUGGACUCUCUGUUGUAUUGCUUUGUGAGAGGUGGUUUCUUCCUUCGAGCAAUGGAAGUUAUAGAAUUGAUGGAAAAGUGCGAGAUGUUUAUAGAUAAAUACAAGUACAAGUCCCUGUGGCUUAAAUAUCAUAGAACAUUGUACAAAGGUAAGGCUCCUAAGGUGCAAACAGAAGCUCAACUGAUAAGGAGAGAAGCAGCAAUACAUUUCAAGAGAUGGAUUGGGUUGACAUGA